UUCUCACAACACAUAAAUACCCUCAAAAUACCAAGUGAUUCAUUGGUAGCAAAACCUCCCAUCGUGCCAUCAAGCAUGGACUCAAUCACAAAGCAAGAAGCGCGUUCUACGAAUUACCUAGAGUCGCGCCUCGCCCCCAGGACUGAUAUCACAGACUCGGACUUCGAAGUUCCUGUCAUUGACCUGUCCGCCUCAUUUACUGAUUCUUUGGACGCACGCAAGGCCGUAGCCUCGCAGAUUCGACAAGCAUGCACCACAUCUGGCUUCUUCUACGUUUCGAACCACGGUGUCCCCACCCCCACUCUUGAGAAGAUUCUCGACCAAGCAAAGCGUUUCUACACAGAACUCACGAAAGAGCAGAAACAAGACCUGCAUAUCAAGAAGAGCAAGUACGGCUAUGGGUGGGAGCCCAGCGAGUACACGUCUAUCGCAGGGGACGUUGAGACAAAAGAAGGGUGGAACUUUGGAUAUGAGGCAGGGCUGGACAAGACGGGUGGAGAUGGAAAGUAUCGUAAUCUAGAUGGAAGCGAAGGCAAAGCGAAUUUAUGGCCGAACGAAGAAGAUUUGCCAGGGUUUUACAAUGGUGUUAAAGAGUAUUACAGCGCCGUCUUGGAACUGGCACGCCAUUUGUUCAGGCUCUUUGCCCUCUCGUUAGAUCUCCCCGAAAAUCAUUUCGAUCACAUGACUACGCACCCCGGCGGUAUCGCCCGCCUACUCUACUACCCAGCGCCAAAAUCAGAUGUGACAGCGCAAUCCGCAUCGAAGGAGGAAGAAAUUGGUCUAGGUGCUCACACAGACUACGAAUGCUUCACUCUUCUCCUCUCAUCCAGCACCCCAGGCCUGGAAAUCCUCAAACCUUCCGGGAAAUGGCACCAAGCGUCCUACAUACCCAACGCUUUCAUUGUCAACGUCGCGGACUUCCUCAUGCGGUGGACGAACGGGGUUUACAAGUCGACUGUUCAUCGUGUCGUGAAUAGAAGCAAUGAGGUGAGGUACAGUGUACCUUUCUUCUUUUCGAUCAAUUACGAAGAAGUCGUUGAGACGUUGUCAACCUGCUUGAAGGAGGGUGAAAAACCGCAAUAUCCACCGAUUGGCGCGGGAGAGUAUAUCUUAGAAAGAUUGAAUGCCACCACGAAGGAUGGUGCGGGGUUCUUUGGGAAUGAUAAUGUGGUAGUUGGGUAG